AGAACGCAAUCAUGUCUGGACGUGGAAAGGGAGGAAAACAACGUGCUAAGGCCAAGAGCCGAUCCGCGAGAGCUGGUCUGCAGUUCCCCGUGGGCCGUGUUCACCGUUUCCUUCGCAAAGGCAACUAUGCCGAGCGUGUGGGUGCCGGUGCUCCGGUCUACUUGGCCGCCGUCAUGGAGUACCUGGCCGCUGAGAUCCUGGAGUUGGCUGGGAAUGCCGCCCGUGACAACAAAAAGACAAGAAUCAACCCCCGUCACUUGCAGCUGGCCAUCCGCAACGACGAGGAGCUGAACAAGCUUCUCAGCGGUGUCACCAUCGCCCAGGGUGGUGUACUGCCUAACAUCCAGGCCGUUCUGCUGCCCAAGAAGACCUCGUCCAAAGCGGCCAAAUAAACACUGAAACAUCAGUGUUAAAACCAACCGGCUCUUUUCAGAGCCACCACAAAUUGGAAGAGAUAUAUUCCAUUGUCUGUUUAUUUUACGUUUUUUAAGUUGUAGACGAUAAAGUGGGGAGUACUGAUUUAAAGAAGAAAAAUAUCUACUCUCUGUAAUGUUCGGUAAAUUAUCCACGGAUUUUAAUUUACCUGGAUUUCUCAAACUUUAAGUUAAGAUUUUAG